AUGAAUUGUAAUAAAAUUUAUCAAGAAGCACGGACACUCACUUACGUUGAAAUCCCUACAAAGUUUGUGUGGAAAUUGGAAGAGCGACGUUGGGAUCGAAGGGAAAAAGGCUUCUCAAUUGGACGAAUUCAUUCAGUUUCGCCUACUCUAGGAGAAACAUAUUAUUUAAGAAUUCUUUUGAAUAAAGUGAAAAGUCCUAAAUCAUUCGAAGACAUUCGUACAGUAAAUGGAAAUAUAUUUCCUACUUUUAGAGAUGCAUGUUAUGCUCUUGGGCUUUUAGAUGAUGACAAGAAAUAUAUUGAUGCCAUUGAAGAAGCAAAUUUAACCGGAUCUGAUUUAUCUCUCAAUGAAGAACAAGUGAAGAACCUGACAUUGUUUGAAAUUGAGAAGAUUUUACUUCGUAACAAUUCCAGCCUAAGAAAACUCCCCACUAUGCCUUACCCUGAUAAUGAUUCUCUUGAAUCUUCAAACAAUCGUUUUAUUACGAAGGAUCUAGAUUAUAGCAUAGGUGUUUAUGACGAUAUCAUGACAACUGUUGAAAACAACAGAAGUGGUGUGUUUUUUGUUUAUGGGCAGGGUGGAAUAGGAGAAGGCAAGGUUGGUAGUGAUAAUGAUGGUGAGGCAAUUGUUGAUAUACCUCAUGAUCUUCUCAUUACCGAUUCAAUGGAUCAUAUAUCUACAUUAAUUCAAUUUGUGUAUCCUUCAAUUCUUGUAAACAUCAAGAAUUCAUCUUAUUUUCAGGAAAGGGAAAUUCUUGCACCAAAACAUGAAGUCGUUCAAGAAAUAAAUGACCGUUUGCUAUCAUUGUUCGCAGAAGACGAAAAAGAGUACUUAUGUUUAGAUAGCCUAUGUGAAUCAGAGCAACUUCACGACCAGUUUGAUAAAACUUUGUACUCUCCUGAUGUCUUAAAUGGUCUUAACUUACCACGUUUACCAAAUCAUAAGAUAUUACUAAAAGUCGGUGUUCCAAUCAUGUUACUUAGGAAUAUUGAUCAGAAAUCUGGAUUAUGUAAUGGAACUAGACUACGAGUGUUAUCUUUAGAAAUCAGGUUAUAUAAGCAGAGAUUAUAUCUGGAAGCAAUAUUGGAAGCCGGACAUUUAUUCCAAGAAUCUCUUUGA